ACAUGAUUGUUUACAAUGCUUAUACCCUCUCAAAACUCAUGCACGGUUCAAGUUGGAUGAACCUUAAAUCUUUCCACUGCUUUAAGUGUUUUUCCCCCAUAUUUGUCACAUGUGGAGAAGUAGCAUCCUCUCCAACUCACUCUUCAAAGACAGAUUCUUUUAGUAUUCCUUCUUAAUUAUGCAUGGAACUUUAGCUCUCUUUGCAGCAAGACGAACAUCUGGAAUUGUUGUUAACAUUGGUUUCCAAGUUACAUCUGUUGUUCCAAUUUUAAAUGGGAAGGUUAUGCAUAAGGUGGGUGUUGAAGUUAUUGGACUGGGAGCAUUGAAACUAACAGGAUACCUCAGGGAAUUCUUGCAGCAGAACAACAUUACCUUUGAAUUGUUGUACACUGUGCGGACACUGAAAGAUGUAUGCUGUAAUCCUCUGCAACUUGGGGUUAAUGCUAUUUCCUUUAUAUGGUUUGAGUAGUGUCAAAGGUGUUUA